AUUUGCCAGAACAGUUCCUGGUCGACAGAUAACAUAGGCUGACACCUUCUACACCAUCAGAUCAUAAGUAUUAAGCCACUAGUAUGCCUUCAGCUGCUACUGAUCCCCGUGAGGGAGACGCCGAUGUCACAAUGGCAGAUGCCUUGCCCGGGGAGCCACCAGCGACAGAGAUGGACGAAGAGGAAGAGGAAGCCGCACCUAUGCGUCUCAGAGUGCUUCCCGGCUCCACGGAAACUGCGGCGUCAUUCGAGUUUGCGAAAGAAGAUCACACAUUGGGGAAUGCACUGAGGUGGAUAAUUAUGAAGAAUCCUGUUGUCGAGUUCUGUGGCUACACGAUUCCGCACCCGUCAGAGGCGCGAAUGAACCUCAGAAUACAAACAUACGACAACGCAAGUGUAUACGACGUGCUAGACAAAGGUCUGGUAGACCUGAUGGAUCUGUGUGACGUAGUCCAAGAGAAGUUUGAGAUAGUCAGGGAUGACUUCAAGAAGAAGUAAACAGAUUGAUUGCGAACAUGUAAUUUUGCAUUGUAGCCGGCGUUCGGACCGGACAUGUCAUGAGCAUUUACACGGAGUUUAUAGCCAAGGAAAAGCAGUACGCUGGCAUUUGAAUAUGUACAGACACUUCGAAGUAUCUCCUC